AUAGUUACGUUUGUUUCCGGUUUAAGUUCAUUUUAUUAAAUUUGUCAAACUUUUAGAUUAUUUUAGACUCUAAAUCUAAAGCUAUUUAACAUAUUUUGUAUUUGCUCAGACCUGUUAUUUAGCCGCGGAAUAUUGCUUUUAGAUCACAUAUUUAGGCUAGCAAUGUCAUGCCCUGCUGCCACCCCCCCUUCCAGUGGAAGAUGUGCAAGGAGACGGGCGGUGGAUGAGUUUGCACAAUUCAUUUCUGCACGAUGCAAAAGAGAAAGAACCAGAGGUUGUACUGAUAGGGGACUCCCUUAUUGCUCAGAUGUGCCAGUCUCAGCUGUGGCAACAGAUGUUUGAACCCUUACACUGCCUCAACUUUGGCAUUGGUGGAGAUAGAACACAGCAUGUUCUAUGGAGAAUUCAUAAUGGAGAGCUUGAUCAAGUUGAGCCAAAGGUCAUUGUCUUAAUGGUUGGCACCAAUAACUUUGAUGACUCAGCAGAACAAGUUGUGGAAGGAAUUUUAGCUAUAGUAAAGCUGAUUAAAGAGAAGCAGCCUGCUUCACAUCUUAUUGUUCUGGGUUUAUUACCUAGGGGAGAGAAGCCUAAUCCAGUUAGAGAAAAACAUUCCGCCAUCAACAAGCGUCUUGCUGAGGAACUUGAAGGGGCUGCGCUCACAAGUUUUCUAAAAAUUGACGACAAGGAAUUCAUGUCCAGUGAAGGUAUUAUCAGAAGGAGCGUAAUGUAUGACUUCCUGCAUCUGACGGCGCAGGAAGGAUAUCAAAAACUGUGUGAGCCUCUUCUAGAGGAAAUUCAAAAUCUAUUAGGCACAUUUAUUAAGGUUGAGAGCACUGUGGAUACUGCAUCUUUGGCUGGGGAUCUGGACCAUUCACCCAGUAACUAGCUAGGUCACCAGGUGGAUUUAUAAGAAAUCUUUUUACCUUACUUUUUGAGUGUCCAAGAAACAGCACUGUCGCAAGCUUGUCGCCUAAACAUCAGUUGUGUGUUUUAACAGCUUCAGGUAUCUUGUCUAACUGUUUAGUUACUGUUAGGACCACCACAGAGUUAUUUUUCAUUAUCAAAUUAGAUGAGUAUAUCAACGUUUUAAAUAGCUAUUUAAACACAAGUUAUGUUUACCUAAAAAGUAAAUUUUGCUCUAUUAAAUCGCUUUCAUGACACUUUCCAUAGUUCUUAAGCACAAUUUUUGUAACGGGCUAUCUCUUUUAAUUUUGAAUCUAGUUCUGUAGAACUUGAUUUAUUUUCUGUCAUUGGCUCUUUGUGCUUGAUAUUUAUUGUUCAUGAAAGCAAUUCUGUGUUUCAAGCUGUUUUUUUUCUAAACCAGUGUCAAUAAAGGCUUUUUCUUAAAAGUGGUCGACAGAAUAAAUUAUUUUAAUCAUUUGAAGAUUGUUUUGGUAACACUACCAAUUCAUUAAGUUAAAAAGAUCUAGUUAUGCAUUGCAUGUUGAUUUGAGAAAUUGUCUCUAUCAUGUCGUCCAAAAUGUUAUACUGAUUGUGAAUGAAUACAGGAAAAUAAGCCAAAACAGCCUGACAUGUGAUUCAUUUUGUAGAGUAUACAAGAUUUUUAAAAAGUUUCAAGAAAAGAGUGCAUUCAGUUAUAGGCUGAGAUUAAUAUUUUGUCUUAUACUAGUAGUAUUUAUGUAUGCUAAAUUUAUAAAUUAGUUUUUCUGUUUUUUUCUAUAUUUAAAAGUUAUAUUAUUUAGAACGACAAUCUCUAUUGAAAACUUGAUUGAAGUUUGGCUCAGUAAAGAUAUGUAUCAUAAUACUUGGUCACAACAGUAGACCAGUUAAUCUGGCCAUCAAAGUUUGUUUCAAAUCUGUUUUGUAAGAAUUGCCAAAGGGUUGCUAUUCUUUGGACAGCCAACUCAGACUAUAUAUACAAAUGUAACUGGUAUACUCCUUUUGUUUCUCCUUGAAUAUCAGUACACAUCUAUAUUUGAAGCAUGACCACUAUCUGCUAUUAGUCUUGUAUUCUAAAAAUAUUUAGUUUGACAAGUGUAAUCAUUAUUUAAUCAGGUGCCAGUUUUUAUGACUAAGUCUUGGAAAAGACUAAGUCUAGUAUGGUCUGUACAAAAAAAGCUCUUACUAAUGUUUAUUUGUUAGAAUGUCAGGGUCUACUCUUUAUUUUGUCAUGUUGGUUUUUUAGUUUCCUACAAAAAUUGUUUUAUUCUUUAAUUUUUUUCCUGUGCUCCACUUACUAUAUUUUUUUUUAACCAAAUGAAUUGUAACAAAAGUUGCAGCUUUUGAUGUAUAAAAAAUGUUGUGUUAAUGAUGAACGAAUUAUUAGCCAUGUUGUGCAUGUGUCAUGCCGAAGAUAGUAUCAGUUUUCAUAUUUGCAUUUUGUUAUUAUUUUUUUAAUUUCCAUCAGUGACUUGAAGAUUUUGACUUCUUUUAUGCUGCCAGUUUUAGCUUACCAUAAUCUGUCUUACCAUAUUCAUGAUUUUAUAUAUAAUAUUGUACCUCAAAUCAACCUCAUACCAUGGGGUAUUUCCUAAUAUUUCCUAAUUAAAAAAAAUAAAUAAAAAUUCCUUAACAUUCCAGUAAAAAAUAAAUACUAAGUGCACUGAUCAUUACUGAUUUUAAAAGUUAUCUGAAAUUUUUAUGUUGUGUAUUUUAUCAGUAUAGUAACAUUUCAAGUAUUCAACAAAAACUAAUUUGCUCAAAAAAAAAAACAACCACCCCAGUUUUAAUUGUUAAAUAAUUAAAUUUAGAUACUAUCAUUUAAUGCUUCAUUUUUUUUUGUUUCGCUAAUUUUGUCUCGCUAGUUUAUGUCAAUGAUUUUCAACACACAUAUUUAUAUGUAAUUAUAUUAGGUAAUGCCCAGAUUUUACAGCUGAAGAGAGUGACGCAAAAGUUUAAGGAUGGGGCAACAACACUUCAAUCUUUCAUUUAAUCAUCUACUUUUUAUUUCUACAUGUAUUGUAAUCGAAUCAUUUUAAUCCUAGAUAAUUCCUACAUUUCAAAAUUUUAAAAGGAGUUUUAAUUGUGCAUUAAAAAAAAUUUACGAUGCUUUAUUUCAAACUCAGUUGGAAACAAAAUAAUUGUAGUUUUGAUUUGGAUUUACUGGAUUUACAAUGUGUGUGGUUUUUUGCAUUUUAAAAAUUAAAUUUCUAAAAAUGUUGUAAAGCAUCAUUGCUUUAGUUUGAGCUGACGGAGUAAACUGUUUUUUCACACGCCUUAAUGAAAAACUAGGAGGUGCAGACAAUUGACCAAUUUUGUUAGAUAUUCAGUUAAAAACACAAAGCUUAAGCAAGGUAUUUUUAUGUGUUAAAAUAACAAUUACCUUUUUCACAAAAUGUAGAAAAUCUGAUGUUGGAGCCAUGUAUUUUAUAGAACACUAGUCUGCUUGUUUGAGCACAGAUGUUAUGUUGGAAACAUUUAUUUUUAUAACUUGAGUAAAUUCUGCUUAGAUCCCUGAGCCAUGUGACCUGAUGCUAUCCGUGUAAAGAUAAAUGUACUGUAUAUGCAUACACACCGCAGGUUAUCUGUGCAAGACUUUGUAUUUUAUCAUGUUUUUUCUUGUCAAGGUGCAAUAAAAAUAUUUAGU